AUGAUAUUUCAGCCCGAAGAUGAAAGUGAAAUCGAGGAAACAUUCGACAUUUGUUUAUUGGACUAUUUUGCUGGUUAUCGAUUUGCACCAAAGGAUGAAGAGCUAAUCACCGAGUACUUGGUCAAGAAGAUCAACAAUCAGCCGAUCCCCAUCGACGAAAUCAGAGUUGUCGAUUUUUACAAAUAUAAUCCUGAUACUUAUUCAGGUGAAUAUCCAACACUUGGAGAUAAUGAAUGGUACUUUUUCACAUUGAGGAAUAAAAAGAACCCGAACGGAUCGAGGCCCGAUCGGACGGCCAACAAUGGACACUGGAGGGCUAGCGGAGCAGAUACACCUAUUAAAAAUAUUGAUGGUGUCACUAUUGGAUCAAAGAGGUCUUUGAAUUUCUGGGAAGGAUUACAUCCAAAUAGGUCAAUUAAGACUGAUUGGAUUAUGCACGAAUUUAUUGCUGCUACUAAUAAUCAACAACCUUCUCGAAACAAAAGGGACAGAAACGACACGAAGUUUGACGAUUGGGCGUUGUGCCGUAUUCAUAAGAGAGCUACGAAAUUGGAUAAAAAAGCAGUCGCUGCACACGGCCGCCAAUUUGAUCAAGAAGUUCAACAAUUAGUUGCACCAGCACCAGCACCAGAAAAUCUACUUCCCGAUUUCGACAUUCGUGUGCAGUCAGAAAAUCUACUUGCACCAGCACCAGCACCACAGAAUCUACUUCCCGAUUUCGACAUUCGUGUGCAGUCAGAAAAUCUACUUGCACCAGCACCAGCACCACAGAAUCUACUUCCCGAUUUCGACAUUCAUGUGCAGUCAGAAAAUGUACUUGCACCAGCACCACCACCAGAGAAUCUACUUCCCGAUUUCGACAUUCAUGUGCCAGAAUAUCUAUUUGCACCAGCACCAGCACCAGCACCAGAGGGCGAGUUGCCGUCGGAUUUGGCAUUAUAUUGGAGUAGUAUAUUGGAGGGAUUACCGAUUGAAGAAGGAAAAGAACCCGCAAGAGAGGCGGCUGAUUUGCCGUUAGAAGAUUCAGCCAAGGAAUUUGCAAACGAUCAUGUGUUUUGGAGUAGCGUUUUUUAUGAUGAUGGAGAAGCUCAGGCAAAGGCAAAUCAGUGGCCGUUUUGGAGUAUCGUUUCUGAUGCUGAAGAGAAAGAAGCUCAGGCAAAUCAGUGGGCGAAGCUGCCCAUGCGGUCGCCGAAAAGACGACAUUUAUAA